UUGGGGUCACUUUAGGGCAAUUUUUGGGGUCGUGCCGGGACUCGCUCACGCCCGGCGCACUCGCGCCGUGUUUUGUCCCCUCUCGGCCGCCAUCGCCGCCGCCGAGACCACGUGAUACAACCACGUGACACGACGCCCGGCGCCGCCAUGAUGGCGGCGGGCGGCGGGGCCGGGCCCGGCCAGGCCUUGGAGACGCUGCUGGAAAUGGGCUUCGGUGCCCGGCGCGCGGCGAAGGCGCUGGCGCUGACCGGGAACCGCGGAGUGGAACCGGCCAUGGACUGGCUGGUGGCUCACGAGGACGACCCCGACUCGGACUCGGACCCCGAAAUCCCCCCGGAUUUAGGGGGGCUCCCCUCAAUCUUGGGGGCGCCCCGGCAGCCGCCGGCGGAGGAGGACGAGACCCAGAAGCUCCUGACGGAGGCGGGGCAGGAGCGGGAGCGGCGGCGCCGGGGGCAGGAGCUGGCGAAGCUCCGGGAAUGGCGCCGGGACGAGGAGCGGCGCCGGGCGGCCGAGGAGCGGCGGCGGGACAGGGCCGAAGAGCGCGCGGCUCGGCAGAGAGUGCGGGAGAAGAUUGAGCGGGACAAGGCGGAGCGAGCGCAAAGGGUGAGAGGGAUCCCAAAGGAGACUCCAAAAGACUGGGGGGGAUCCCGAUGGGGUUUUGGGGAUCCCAGAAGGAUCCAAUGGGAUCCAGCCCCACCGGCAUCCAACAGAUUCCCGUCCCUCCCCCAGUUUGCCCCUGUCACCCCAGAGCCGCCCCCGGUGACCCCCCAGGAGCCGCCGGCGCCGCGGGAAUACGACCAGUGCCGGAUCCAGGUCCGGCUGCCGGACGGACGGGCGCUGACCCAGAGCUUUCGGGCGCGGGAGCCGCUGGCGGCCGUGCGGCUCUUUGUGGAGCUGCACCGGGACACGGCGGGCACUGGGAGCACUGGGAGCGGCGGGAACGGGGAGCCCCGGAGCCCCCCGGAGCCUUUCAGCCUCCGCACGGCCUUUCCCCGGCGCCUCUUCACCGAGGAGGACAUGGAGAAACCCCUGCAGGAGCUGGGUCUGGUCCCCUCUGCCGUCGUCAUCGUGGCCAAGAAAGAAGGGAGCUGAGGGGGACACACCCCCAAACCUCCCCCAAACCCAAAUAAACCCGAGCUGUGCCCCC